GUGUGGCUGCGGCUGGGAGGAGUCAAGCACCUGUGAAUCUACACCUGGUUGCCAGAGAGAGAGAGAGGGACAGCCAAGCCGAAGAGGAGGCAGAAGAGAAGGGAUAGACAAAAACAAAUUAAAAUUCAAAGAAAAAGCUGGGUCCUAUAGGGCGAUGACCUCACCUGCUGGACUCAACUGGACGGAGAACUGAACCAAAGGAUAGCGACCCCUCUAAGGCAGAUAACAACUAUCUCAACUGACGUACAUUCACCUGCUCAGAGUCUGUUUUCAUCUCGAUGGCGACCGCAGAACCUGCACCAGCCUGGUGGAAACUGACCUUCCUGCGUAAGAAGAAAUCAGAGCCGAAAGUGUUGUACGAAAUCCCUGGAGACCACAGCAGCAACGCCGGGGAGACACCUGGGACCCCCGAUGCAGCUGUGGACAGCCAGUUUAAUGCCCGCUUGGAGCGCAUCGUGGACAAAACGGCAACAAAGGGGCGCCAUGUGAAAGUCUCACAUUCGGGCCGUUUCAAAGAGAAGAAGAGAAUCCGCUCUACGCUAGCAGAAAACCCUGACCUGUUCCCUGAGGCAGAAACUACAACUAGCGAGAAUAAUACAACUGGAAAAUAGAGUCACUGUGUAAACACACUAGCAUGUGUGGGUAAAACAGCUCAAGAGGGCCUUGGUCUAUGCAGCACUCUUCCAUUGAUGUCCUCUGCAGUUUACAAUCACCUGAGGCUGAGCCCGAAGCAA